AUGACUCAGCGAGUAUCCAGGCAAGAAAAAGAGGAAAAGAUUCCAUCCGUUGAUGUAUCUAUUUCAGAAGACGCAAGAGAGUCCAACAAAAUACUUGUUGGAAAACAAGAACGAUUGAUUGAUCUUGAUGGAGAGACCGCAGAAAUUCAAACGAUGGUUAGAAAUAUUAUCAAAAAAUACCCGGACAUUAAAACUACCAUGAAUCUUCGUGAAUUGUGGACACCAUCUAAGCAGAGCAGAGCCAAAAGUAUUCCGCGCCCACAAAAUGCCUUCAUGCUUCUUCGAAAGGAUGUAUCAAGGGAGUUUUGUAAAGCCAACCAAUCUCUGUCAGUUCGCGAUUCUUCGGCAAUCGCGUCAAAUAGGUGGAAUAAAAUUUCCGACGACAAAAAACAAUUUUGGAUAGAUUUGGCUGAAGUUUGUAAGAAACUGCAUUCCUACGAUUAUCCAAACUAUAAAUAUUGUCCUGAAAGAAAUAAGCCAUCAAAAUCGAGGAGAGCGGACACCGGAAGAAAAGGAAAAGACCGGAAAUCACGCAGGGAACAAAUUGCACCUUACGCCCUUAGACCUUCAAAAACUCCGAAUAUCGUUGAGCCUCUUGUUGUACCAAGUCAAACUUUGGUCAGUGGGAAUUCGGCAUCCGCUCCAGCAAUCUUUACAAUCGAAGAUUACACUCAAUCCAUACCUUCUAUAAUCAAAACUCCAAUGUGCAACAUAAUUUCGUCGCCUCCAAAUUACCAUUACAAUCAGCAGUUCAAUGAAGAAGCGUCACAUGACUAUCAACAAAGACCUAUCCACAAUGAUGUAAAAAUUCGAUCUUCUGGCGUAGAAACCUCUCCGCUAUAUUCAAACACAAAUGCAUACGCGAUAUCCACACACAGACCGACUACUCGAUCAUCGGCUGUCAGUGCCCGAAAUAGACAAGCGAUUAUUAACCAGACUGCACCCUAUCCAUCUAGGCAUCACUCUGCAUCAAAUUCGCCGCGCAAAAUAAUAAAUGCAAUAUCUCACACUGCUACGCAAAAAAAGGAACUCCGAAAUAAAGAGGCAAAGGAUAGCUCGUAUCAUGGACAAUCGAUAUCCAAACAGCAUGAUCAUACAAUUCACACGAUGAUUUCACCGACAAGGCAACCUUUAAAUAAUCAGCAACAGUUUAUUUAUGUUAAUUCGGCGAACCCAGAGAUACCCAUUAUUACAUCCCCAAGCUUUAGAGAAAGACGUGAUUCGGUUACAUUCUAUAACACCAUUAUUUCGCCCACUAAUGUAUACAAUUCAGUGGAUCAACUAGAUGCUGGGUUAAUUAUGGCGCAACAAUCAUACUUGACUUCCCCUGUACUACAUGAACAAACUCCAUACAUUCCAACCACUACAUACAUGAGACCCGCGGAGAGUCAACAAACAUAUGUCGAUGCUACCCUUUUUACUACCUCACCAUCUCAACAAACAUUUGAUCUUGUAGAGUCAUCCGCGCUUUAUACGCAACCUCAAUUUUUAAAUCCCGAAAUAAUGAUGCCCACCACUCAACAACCUUAUCAAUAUCCAACUGAUUAUUUGCCGGUCAGCUCCGUGCACUUACAACAAACGAACGCAGGCCGUACACAUCAAACCUUUUUAGCAUCACCACCUCCUCCGCCAACUUCCGGGACCGAAUAUUAUUAUCAGCCAUCAGAGGACUUACAAGUAUUGAGUCACCAAUUAGGGUUAACCGAAACAAUUGAUCCUGCUUUACUCUAUCAAAAUGACCCCUUAUUUACUAGCUUUUCUUAUGGAAGAGAUCUAAGUCCAAGUUUAUGA